AUGCGAUCGUCCGUGAUACAACGAAGCCUUAUGCGCUCGUGUAGGACGGCUUCCACUCGACCUGCAAUCGUUCGCCACACAGCCCUCGUUUGCCAAAUCUGCCACCAGCAAUCCACCCCUCUUUCCCAAGCUGCUGCUACGAUUCCCUCCCGCGGAUACGCAUCUUCGUCCACGAAUCCCUCACCAUCUGCUUCACCAGACCAAACUACUCCUUCGGUUGCCUCAACUCCACAAACCCACUACGAUCUUUUCCCCCUCACUCUUCCUCGCGGUCCGCCACCCUCCGGCCCCUUCCACAUCGACGUUCGUGCGCUGCGCAAUGAAUUUCUCCGUCUGCAGGCAAGUGCACAUCCAGAUUUACACUCAGCGUCGAAUAAAGCCCGCGCCGAAGCUACCAGCGCUUUGAUCAACGAGGCAUAUAAAACAUUACAGUCGCCUCUAUUGCGGGCGCAAUAUCUGUUGGGACUACAGGGUGUAGAUGUACAUGAUGAGACUGGGAAGACCGGAGGGGAGGCGGGAGAUAACGAGUUAUUGAUGGAAGUUAUGGAGACAAGGGAGGAAAUGGAGGAAGCGGAGGAAGAGGGUGAUUUGGAUGGACUGAAGGUUCGGAAUGAGGAGCGGAUUGCUAAGUGUGAGGAUGUGGUAGGGAAGGCUUUGGAGGCUGGGGAUAUGGAGACGGCAAGGAGAGAGACGGUCAGACUGAGAUAUUGGGUCAAUGUGAGGGAUAGUUUGCAUGCGUGGGAGAAAGGCAAGCCAGUUGUUAUGGUGCAUUGA